CUCUCUCUCUCUCUCUCUGGACUUCUUUCCAGUCUUCUUCUUCCUUUGGAGAGGAUCCAUGGAGAUUGAAUCGGCUGGACAGCCUAGGCAGACGCUUAAGCAGAUGCUGCUGGACGCCAGCAAUUUCUCGUCCCCUCGCGCGGUGCUCGACGCCCCUUUCGACCACAAUUGCAGCAGCGGCAGCGAAUCCUACUACGCCUACGCCGACACAAUGAGCAUCCGCACAGGCUUCCUCCAUGAUCACCAUCGACACCACCACCACCACCACCACCACCACCACUUCCAUGAUCUUCUCGACGAGCGCCUGAAUUCCCACUCAAACACAUCGCCCUCGAGCAGCGGCAGCGAGGACAGCAAUCACAGCGCCCGCUGCUUCACCGUGUUCCGCCGGCUGGGCACAUUUCCCAGCGAUCGACGGAGCUCCCGCAAGCUCCGCACGUCGAGCUUCAAGCUCAUGAGCAAAGUCGCGCCGCUGGCGGUCGAAUCCAAGAAGCUAAAAGGGGCCAAAUGGAAGCAAUUCCGAUACGGCGAGAUCGAGUCCGCGACAGGCUGCUUCAAUCCAGAGAAUUUGAUCGGCAAAGGUGGCUACGCGGAUGUUUACAAGGGAUGCCUGCCAAGUGGCGAGCUGGUGGCCGUCAAGCGCCUCACAAGGGGCGGGAAAGAGGAGCAGGGCACGAGUUUUCUCACGGAGCUGGGCGUCUUGGGCCAUGUUUCUCACCCAAACGCCACGCCCUUGCUAGGGUUUUGCGUCGAUGGCGGCCUCUUCCUCGUGUUCCACUUCUUCCCCCAUGGAAGCCUCGCCGCAAUGCUGCACGGUUCUCGGCUCAUGGAGUGGCCCGCACGCUUUAAGGCCGCGAUCGGGACAGCCAGAGGUCUUCACUACUUGCACUCGAAUUGUCGGCGCAGGAUCAUCCAUCGGGAUAUCAAGUCAUCCAACAUUUUGCUCGGGUCAGACUUUGAGCCGCAGAUAACUGAUUUUGGCCUGGCGAAAUGGCUGCCAUCGGAAUGGACUCACCAUACGGUUCCAGUGGAAGGGACUUUCGGAUAUCUCGCUCCGGAGUACUUCUUGCACGGCAUUGUCGACGAAAAGACGGACGUGUUCGCGUUUGGAGUGCUGCUCUUGGAGCUCGUCACCGGUCUAAGACCCAUUGAUAGCACUCAGAAAAGCCUAGUCAUGAAGGUGAGACCGCUGCUUGAAUCAGCUAACAUUCAACAGCUCGUGGACGGUCGCCUCAAAGGUGCCUACAACUUAAGCGAGGUGCAAAAGACCAUUCUUGCGGCACGGCUUUGCAUACGACAGUCUGCGAUAGCACGUCCGUGCAUGGCAGACGUCGUGAAGCUUUUGGUCGAAGGAAGGCCAGACCUCAAUCUCUCGACUCAAUCCCACUCUCUGUGGGACAAAUUCGACGCGGACGACGAGUUCGCGUUAAGUUUCCAGGGCAAAGACAUGAGCAAGUACAAGGCUCUGGCUUUUGAUUCUAGCGAGAGCCCGGAUCUUGUAUGAGACCAGUUCUUGUUUUGGUUUUUGGAUGCAAAGUAAAACAUUCUUCGUGCAA